AUGAGGAUUACUGAUGGCCGCCCUGUCAAGGCAGAAGCCCCGACGGUGAAGAGCUGUGCAUUUCAGUUGACCACCGAGGAGGCUCGGGCAGCACCAGACAUUGUGGCUGGGACCUUUAUGGUCAAUGGUAUGACGGCGCACGUUUUGUUUGAUUCGGGUGCUACCCGGUCGUUCGUAUCUCUUGCGUUAAGCAAGAAGUUCUGGGACGCACCCGGAGCUCUGGUUUCCCCACUCGAGGUAGAGAUGGUAGAUGACCGCACCGUUAGCAUUGCUAGGGUGUAUCGAGACUGUGUCCUGAAUGUGCUUGGAGAGAGAUUUCGUGUCGACCUAGUCCAAAUACCGUUGCAAGGACUGAAGGCCAUUUCAUCUGUUAUGGGCCUUGGAUAUAUUGAUUGGGCUUUAAUGGGCCAAGAGUCUCAUUAA